AUGAAGGGCAAGCUGCGCAAGGUGAUGAUGGAGUUACGAUGCAAAGGAACCAGCUAUCGACCCGACUUCAUCAUGGAACCCGCCAUCUGGGACAGCGCGCUAGGGAACCUCUCCGACCUAAAAAUCAUAGCACAGCAGCCACAUCGCUACGCGCAGCCUGGCAUCGUCCGCCAGAACUGGGAGCAGUUGAUUACCGAGUGGGCGGCGUGGUUAAGGCGGAUGCUGCGCUACAUGAAUCGAGCGCUACCGCCGGAACUCAAGGUCAUUGUGGAUGCGAACGGGGAGCAGGAGACGCACUGGGUGUUCCAUAUGGAGAUGCCGGGACGUUGUGUCUUUCAAAAGCUGCCAUGGGGCGAUUUUAUAUUCGACAGAGAGAACUUUAGAUAUAGAUAG